CAAAAUUAUUUGUUUUAAGGUUUUUGGAAAUACCCUGUCCCGAGUAAAAAAUCCAGUAAAACGGCCAUAACUCUUCACUAAUGCGCCAUGGGAACGAACGCUUCUAGGGUUUUCUUAGUCUCACUGAGGCCUACCUGUAGACAAAAGAUGAAGCCGAAAGCUCGGAAUCAGUUGGAUAUGUUCUCUCGUUAGUGCCCAUUGGAUCUAAAAUUUUCGGACCCGAUUGAAUCUUACUUUGAUGAUACGAGAUACUUCUUUUUGGCGUUCUUUUUUUGUAUUCGUUGAUUAGCAUAUCUUACACAUGUUUCAGACGACUAGAGUUCAUCUAGUUCAAAAUUUCCGGAUCCGAGAUCAACCUAACGGGUUCUAAUGCAUACUGUGUUCUUUUAAAAUUAUCCCUAUCUGAACACCGAACAGAUUAGGUAAAAAACUGAUAAAUAUAUUUUACAUAGUUUCUUUAGUAAGUAUGAGACUAUUUCAAUUUAAUGAACUAGAAUUUGAUUUAGUUUAACAUUGAAUCUAUUUAUUCUUUAGAUCUGAUGUUGAAGAUGUUGUUGAUGAUAUAUUUGGAAAAGAUGUAAAUGAUAAUGAAGAUGGAGGUGAUGAUCAAGAAGAAGUUGCUGCUGAAUUAGCAGAUCUUAAUGAUACUGAAGUAGUACAAGAAGAAGUAGAAGAAGAAGAAGAUGAUGAUGAUGGCGAACAACAACGACAACAACAAACUUUUGAUACUGAAGAAGAUGACGAAGAACAAACAUCAACACGUAAAGCAAAUCAGUCUAUGUCAAAAAAUAAUAUUGGUUAUGAUAUCGAUUUAUAUUUGGAAAAAAAAGCUGAAAAACGUCGUGGAAAUCGACGUCGUGGUGGAAAAAAUGGUGAUAUUGAUUUAGCUGGCAACAAUACUGAUCAACUUGUAUCAAAAUUAAUUGAUCAAAUGAAAAUAGCUACUGAAGAAGAUCGAAUAUUUAAUAAAAGUCGACAACCAGCUACAGCUAAACUUCUUUUAUUACCGACUGUUGAACAACAUUUAUAUCGAGUUGAUUUAACUGAAAUAUUUCUUGAUCAUGGAAUAUUAACUGUUUUUAAAGAUUGGCUUAGUCCUCUACCGGAUAAAAGUUUACCUAAUAUUAAAAUUCGAGAAUCACUUAUUAAAAGUCUUCGACAACAAUUUGCAGGUGUUAAUGCUGAUGCUUUACGGGAUAGUGGUAUUGGAAAAGCUCUUAUGUAUUUAUACAAACAUCCACGUGAAACAAAAGAAAACAAAAUUAAAUUAAUCAAAAUUAUUCAUGAUUGGGCUCGACCGAUAUUUAAUUUGGACACAGAUUAUAAACUUUUAACACGUGAAGAACGACAACAACGUGAUGCUAAUCAAGCUUCACUGAAACGACAAACUUCAUUAACAGGAAAACCAAAAAAUAGAAGUACUGAUGUAGAUUUACCUUUUUCUAGUGAUAGACGACAAGAUGAUGAUGAUGAAUUAAAUAAAGAUGACGAUUGUCCACGAGCUCGUGUUCCACGGCCAUCAAAUAAAGAUUAUGUUGUACGUCCGGUUUCGACUGUUGAAUAUUCAGAAAAAAGGGAUGAGAGUAAAAAGAGAACAAUAUCACGUUUAGAUGCAAUCAAACGACGACAACAAGAUCGAAAACGAAAUUCAAAACCAAUGUCUAUUGUUAAACUUAGUAUCGAAGGAAAUAAAAUGCAUUUAUAA